ACUUCGUGCUGGGCAACGCGCAGGUGCCGGCGCUGUACCCGAUCGUGUACUGCUCGGACGGCUUCUGCGAGCUGACGGGGUGGGCGCGCGCGCAGAUCAUGCAGAAGGGCUGCGCCUGCAAGUUCCUCUACGGACCGGACACCGCGGACGAGCACAAGCUGCAGAUCGAGCGCGCGCUCGACGCCAAGACGGAGCUCAAGCUGGAGGUCAUCUUCUACAAGAAGAAUGGAACACCAUUCUGGUGCCUGCUGGACAUUGUGCCCAUCAAGAACGAAAAGAGGGAGGUGGUGCUUUUCCUCGCGUCGCACAAGGACAUCACGCACACCAAGAUGGCCGAGUUGCAGAUAUGUGAGUUAUACGACAGCGACGCGAACGGCAACGCCGACCCCGAGGCGCCGCCCGCCAACUACGGCCGCCGCAGGAGCCGCGCCGUCCUCUACCAGCUGUCCGGCCACUACAAGCAGGACAAGAUCAAGACCAAGCUCAAGCUCAACAACCUGACGGCAAAACAUCGAGGUAUGUCUCAGACGCUGCUGCAGCCGACGGCGGCCCCGCUGCCCGAGUACAAAACGGCGGCGCUCAAGAAGUCGCGCUUCAUACUCUCCCACUACGGCGUCUUCAAGAGCUGCUGGGACUGGCUCAUUCUCAUCGCCACCUUCUACGUCGCUGUCGUCGUGCCGUACAACGCCAGCUUCGUCAAUCCGGACCGACCCUCCAUGGUCAGUGACGUCGUCGUCGAGGCGCUCUUCAUCAUUGACAUCAUCCUCAACUUCCGGACGACAUACGUGAACCGCAAGGGAGAAGUGGUGUCCAACUCGCGUUCCAUCGCCCUCAACUACCUCAAGAGCUGGUUCGUCGUGGACCUGCUGGCAGCUCUGCCUUUCGACCUGCUCUACGCUUCCGACCUCUACAGUGGUGAGGACUCUGGGCACGGCCACAUCCACCUGCUGAAGCUGACGCGGCUGCUGCGUCUGGCGCGGCUGCUGCAGAAGAUGGACCGCUACUCGCAGUACAGCGCCAUGAUCCUCACGCUGCUCAUGCUCUCCUUCACGCUGGUCGCACAUUGGCUCGCCUGCAUCUGGUACGUCAUCGCCGAGAAGGAGCGGCUACGAAACGAGAAGGACUGGGACCUCGGCUGGAUCCACACAAUGGCGGAGCGGCUGAAGGUGCCGGUGACCAACAUCUCGCACUCCGAGUCGUACAUCACGGCGCUCUACUUCACGUGCUCCAGCCUCACCAGCGUCGGCUUCGGCAAUGUAUCCGCCAACACCAGCGUCGAGAAGAUCUUCAGCAUAUGCACCAUGCUCGUAGGAGCUUUGAUGCAUGCCGUGGUUUUUGGAAAUGUGACGGCUAUCAUUCAGCGAAUGUAUUCUCGGAGAUCCCUUUAUCAAACCAAAUGGAGAGAUCUCAAGGACUUCUUAACCCUUCACCAAAUUCCAAAGGAAAUGAAACAACGAAUGCAGGACUAUUUUCAGACAAUGUGGUCUCUAAAUCAUGGAAUUGAUAUACAUGAGGUGAGAGAGACACUGAAAGAAUUCCCAGAGGAACUCCGAGGUGAUGUAUCAAUGCAUCUUCAUCGUGAAAUACUGCAGUUACCUAUCUUUGAGGCUGCAUCACAGGGAUGCUUAAAACUAUUGUCACUCCACAUAAGAGGCAAUUUCUGUGCUCCUGGUGAAUAUCUCAUCCACAAAGGAGAUGCUUUGCAAUAUAUAUAUUACCUGUGUAAUGGUUCCAUGGAAGUUGUACAGAAUGAUAUGGUUGUAGCAAUAUUAGGUAAAGGUGAUUUGUUUGGCUGUGAUAUUUCUAUGUACCUGCAGCCUUCGGGCAAUGGAAGUGGUGGUGGUGGAGGAGGAGGAGGUGGAGCCUCUAGCACUGAUGUGGUUGUGAAAUCAAGCUGUGAUGUAAAAGCACUCACCUACUGUGAUUUAAAAUGUAUUAAUAUGCAAGGCCUAGUAGAUGUUUUGAGACUAUACCCUGAAUAUCAGCAAGAAUUUGCAAAUGAUAUUCAGCAUGACCUGACGUACAACCUCCGUGAAGGCUAUGAAGCAGAGCAAGAAUCAGAAAUAAAUGGAGUUCCGUCAAUGACUCUUCCAUCUAUAAGCGAGGAUGAUGAAAAUAUACCUGAAGAAGGAGAAACUUCACCAUUAUCUCCUCCCAAUAGAUCACCUCUUCAUUCAAGCAGCAGUCCAAGACAUACAAAAUUCAAUCCAAGGGUGGAGGAAUAUGCUGGAGUGACAACUCGUACUAUGAGAUCGAGAGUGGCUGUGCUCAGGGACAGGCAAAGACCACCCCUCAUCAGUAGCCUGAGCCAGAAAUCAGGUUCUCUGGAAGGACUAAACCUGGAGCUCAGAGGAGAAGUUGAGCAAACUAAAACCAGUGUUGAGAGGCUUGACAAUCAAGUUUCAUCACUGCACCAAGAUGUGGCAACUCUCAGCCAGGAGGUUCGAAAUGCUAUUCAAGCUCUGCAAGAGCUUGCAUCAAGUAGCAGUACAGUGGCGACACGCUAUCCUCAUCCCCUUCCAGCACACUCAAAUCCCAAUUUGCCAUACAACUGCCUGGAUGGCAGUAUUAUACAGCGCAGUUCGUCACAUCCCCCUGACAUGUUCUGUUGGGAAACUGAAGAAAUGCCAAUGAGAUUGAGCCGGCUUGCAGAUAAGGAAACACAAACUUCUAUGCCUGUAGACAUUUUUGAGAAUUUUGUGCUUCAGAAUCCUCACAGAGUUCUAUUGAUACUUGGACUUGAUGCUGAAGCAGUGCUAAGAAGUAGUAGUGCACAGGAGAGGAUGUUGGGAGCUCCACAGACAAAUGGUACAUGUGUUCUGAGAAAUCAUCAUAAGAAUGGGAUUAUAACUCAAAGUGAUCUUCGAUCCGUGCAGACACCUAGCAACUGGAACCACGCACGGACAGCUGUGGAUUCCCAACGGCAUAGGUUCAGUGCAGGUGAUGUGGAAGGUGUGACUGCAGCUGCUUUUCAAGCAGCUAACCCCUUUUCUUCAUCACAAUCUUUGAAAUUCCAGUCUUUUGAUAGUUGAGCUGUGGCUCUCCAUAUC